GGAAACAACCCCUGUGGCACGUGUGGUAUUUCCCUGAUUGUGCUAGCGGCUCAUACGUCAUACGUUGUGUGACAUUUCUGGUGGCAGUGGUGCGGAUAUGGAUGCUAGCACAUCAGGGAACUACUUGGACCUUACAGCUCAUGAGCUCUCUGAGCUCCGGCUACCCACGCUGCAACGGCUCUGCCACCGGUGGGGUAUUGACCCAGAGGGGAAGCGGAGACACGAGCUGAUGGAGCUACUCACUCCCCAUGCUCAGCCUACCCAAGAAGGCGACACCCAGGGGGACCCGGAGACUCCUGAGGGGGGAGAAGAGAUGUCUAACUUGCAUCAAGAUGCAGCGGAGGGAGGUGAGGACAGCACUCUCACUAUGUUCCAUAAACACUUAGCUGCUAUUGGCCCAGGCCUGUCCCCAGCAGAACGGCUAGAGGUAUGGCGCCUAACUUUGCAGACCAAUCAGCCUGGGCCCUUGAGCUCUGGGCCUGCUGUGGGGUCACCCAAUGCUCAGCGGCGAGUGGUGAAAUUGACUCAUGCUGCUUUCCCCACAUUUGAUGAAUCUAAGCAGAGCAUAGACGGUUUCCUUCGCUCCUUUGAAGGUUUGUGUGAGGACCACCGAGUCCCUCAGGAGGAGUGGGUGCUUAUACUGGCGGGUAAGCUCACAGGCAAAGCUAAUGAAGUUUAUCAGGAAAUCCCUUAUCCUCAGAGGGCGAAUUAUGGGGAAGUACGGCGGAUACUUUUAGCCAGCUAUUCCAUUACGCCUGAUUCCUACCGGAGAACAUUCCGUAGCCUGGUUAAAAUCCCUCAAGAUACCUACCAGAACUUUGGUGGGAAACUACAAAGGGCAUUUCGCCACUGGAUACGCGGCAACAAGACCCACACUCUGGAAGACUUAUGCCAGCUUAUCCUUAAGGAACAAUUCCUUGAACGAUGCCCCACUGAGGUACGGGAGUGGGUAAGUGACCGCAAGCCAGGCACCCUAGAUGAGGCCACCCAGCUAGCGGAUGAGUAUAUUGAAAACCGCUCCCAGGCCCGCCCCCUUACCCUUGCUUCAGGUACUAUGGUCAACACCCGUGGUCUGGACCGCCCCCAGCCUCCGCGGUUAAACCAUUUACCUAAUCGCACCCUCUCAGCACCUACUCGCGCAGCCACACCCCGGACCUGUUUCCGUUGUGGAUCUCUGGCCCAUUUAUCUCCAGCCUGCCCUUUAAAUCUACGUCCUGCCCCGCCAGGGCCCACAGGGAGGCUCUCUGCACCUCGGCAGGUCGCUGCUGUCUCUUCACCAGGACCCAAUAUUCGUCAGCAAGUUAUCCAGACAGUACGGCAGCUUACCACAGACCCAGCGGUUGCCCCUCCCAGGCCAAGAGAGGAUGUAAUAGAGGAAUAUGUUGUCUUGGGGAUGGGCUGGGACAACAGUGGACAGCCCAGAAAACAUGUACUUCCUGUCAGGAUCAAUGGUAGGCAGGUGGAGGGGUUCUUAGACUCAGGAUCAUUUAUUACCCUAGUGGAGCCCCAUAUUGUCUCUGCAGAUGCAGUGAUUCCUGGCAAAACUGCCCGUAUUGUUCUGGCUGGGGGGCACAAACAAGAUAUUCCCCUAGCCCAGGUCACCUUGGAUCUAGGACAUGGGCCGUUUACUCAUCGAGUUGGCAUACUGCGACAACUGCCUGCUGAGAUCCUCCUGGGCAAUGAUGUGGGCCAUAUUGAAUGCAGCCUCUCCCGAGAUACUAAUGAAGUCAACGCUGUCUCCAUGGAUGCGCCACAAAUGAUCUGACAAGUCGCCAACGUUCUCGAACCAUUGUGUGGACCCCAGAAUGUGAGUCAGCCAUGAACGCUCUAAAGCAAGCUCUGGCUAGUUCCCCUGUGCUGGCGGCCCCAGAUUUCUCCCGGCGCUUCAUUUUGCAGACUGAUGCUUCCAAUUUUGGCCUUGGAGCAGUACUUUCCCAAGUUAAUACCUAUGGUGAGGAGCACCCCGUUGCCUACCUGAGCAGGAAACUGUUACCCCGAGAGGCUGCCUAUGCCACCAUUGAAAAGGAGUGCCUAGCAAUUGUAUGGGCUUUACAGAAACUGCAGCCCUAUCUGUAUGGCAGAGAAUUCACUGUUGUGACAGAUCACAACCCCCUCAGUUGGUUACAGAGGGUCUCAGGAGACAAUGGGAAACUUCUAAGAUGGAGCCUCCUGCUUCAACAGUAUAACUUCACCAUUCAACACCGAAAGGGAAAAGAGCAUCACAAUGCAGAUGGACUCUCACGCCAGGAGGACUAACCGACCAGCAGUGGUUCCUGAGGCCCUCCCUAAUAAAGGGGAGCCCCAGGGAAACCACCUGCGCCAGGGGGGAGAAGUGUGACCAAAAAACCCUUAUACUGGCCCCAUGUUUAGCCAGUGCAUGAUCUAGCCAAGAUGGUGGCAGCCCAUUGUUCUGUUU